GGACGCGGAACCUCCGCCUAAGCCGCCGCGGCCUUCCGUGAGGGAUCCCAACUAGACUUCUGUUUUCCUGCUGCCUCAUCCCUGGCUCACCCAGCCGCAGCCCCGGCGUCUGUGCCGCGGCGGCCCUCGCUGCUUGGGCCGCGGACGCCCAGGCGCGAUGCUGCGCUGGCUGAUCGGGGGAGGCCGCGAGCCGCAGGGCCUGGCCGAGAAAGCUGCUUUGCAGACAAUAGGAGAGGACCAGAGUCAGAACCCCUACACUGAGCUGCUGGUACUGAGAGCCCACGAUGAUAUUGUCCGGUUUCUGGUGCAGCUGGAUGACUACAGAUUUGCAUCUGCUGGUGAUGAUGGACUUAUAGUUGUGUGGAAUGCCCAGACAGGAGAAAAACUUCUGGAACUCAGAGGACACACGCAGAAGAUAACGGCUGUCACUGCAUUUCCUUCCCUAGACUCUUGUGAGGGGAGUAGGCAGCUUAUCUUGACAGCCUCUGCCGACCGGACUGUUCGCGUCUGGGACUGUGACACCGGCAGACAGAUCCAGAGAGUCCCCUGCCUGCAGUCUACCGUGAAGUGCUUUACUGUUCUUCAGAAACUAGACGUCUGGCUCUCCGGUGGUAAUGACUUAGGUGUGUGGAACCGAAAAUUAGAUCUGCUGUGUAAGAGCAACUACCUUUCUGACACAGGGAUCAGUGCUUUGGUUGAAAUCCCUGGGAACUGUGUCGUAGCAGCAGUCGGCAAAGAACUGAUAAUUUUCAGGCUGCAAGCACCCACAGAAGGAUUGCCGGAAUGGGAUAUUACUGAAGUCAAGCGCCUUCUUGAUCACCAGGACAACAUUUUGUCGUUGCUUAACAUCAGCGAUAAAAGUUUCGUCACUGGCUCCCAUGUUGGAGAACUCAUUGUCUGGGAUGCGCUGGACUGGACUGUGCAGGCCUGCGAGUGCAGCUUCUGGAGCCCGUCUUCACAGCUGGAUGCCCAGCAGGAAAUAAAGCUCUUCCAGAAACAAAACGACAUUUCUAUCCAUCAUUUCACAUGCGAUGAGGAGAAUGUAUUUGCUGCAGUUGGAAGGGGGUUAUAUGUGUAUAACCUACAGCUGAGGCGUGUGAUUGCCUGCCAGAGAACUGCACAUGAUUCCAGCGUCCUCCACAUCGACAGACUUCCAAACAGGCAGUUAAUCUCAUGCUCAGAAGAUGGCAGCGUCCGCAUUUGGGAGGUCAGAGAAAAGCAGCAGCUGGCAGCAGAACCUGUCCCUACAGGAUUUUUUAAUAUGUGGGGAUUUGGAAGAGUGAACAAACAAGCCAAGCAGCCUGUUAAAAAGCAGCAAGAAAAUGGCACUACGUCUUCCCUGGAGCUCAUUGGAGAUUUGCUUGGACACUCAUCCUCCGUGGAGAUGUUUCUGUACUUUGAAGAUCAUGGACUAGUGACAUGCUCUGCAGAUCAUCUCAUCAUCUUGUGGAAAAACGGGGAGCGAGAAUCUGGAUUACGCAGUUUAAAGUUAUUUCAGAAGUUAGAAGAAAAUGGUGACUUAUAUUCUGCAUCUAGUUGAAGGAACUGGACAAGUGCAUACUCGUGAACCUUGAAAAUCAAAUACAGAGCGUUUCUGUGAAAACCGUGAA